GCUGCAGUUGGCCUUGGAAUUGUAGAGGUGUUUCCUUGGAAGUGCUUACACUCCUGCUAGCUGUCUAGAUUCUCCCCAGAUAAUUUGUUGAAUUCCUUUUUAAAACAUUUAAUUUUUCUUUUUUUUUUUUUUUAUAAGUAGACUCCAUGCCCAACUUGAGGCUUGGACUCCUGACCCUAAGAUCAAGAGUCUCAUAUUCUCCUCAGCCAGCUAGGCACCCCAAAACAUUUAAUUUUUUAAAAAAAAGUCUGAGGCUGUAUCAUUCGUAAACCUUGUUUUCUGUUUCACGUCCUUUGUAGUCUUCUUUGUUCCUCACUUCUCACCGUUGGAUGCUCUUUUGUUACAUGUCAUCCAAGUUAAAUAUCUCAACGUUCGUUAUCAACUCCCAAAUUUAUAUCUCCAGCUAAGACUUUGCAUCUGAAUUCCUAAUUCCUGUGCAACUGCUUAUUCUACAUUUCUUCUUGGAUAUACUGUAAAUUAUUUUAAGCUUAUCUGAAACCUAAUUAGUAUUUCCUGCAGUCUUCCUCAUUCUAGUUAAUGGCAGCACCACUCUUCUAGUUGCUCAAGCCAGAAACCUAAUGCUGUUCUUUCUUUCAAGCUUAGAACCAUUCCUUUCCUCUCUCUCUCUUCUUUUCCUCUUCCCUUUUAUGUUCCUUCUUCCUUCCACCUUUACCAAAUCCUGUCCACGUCUGCCUUCAGAGUAUAUUUAAAUUUACCUAUUCCUUAUCAGUUCUGCCUCUACCAUCCUAGGUUAAGCCAUCAUCCGUGACUUGCCUUAUCAGAACAGUGUCCUUACUGGUCUGUCUGCUUUCAAACUCGGCCUCCUACAGUCUGUUGCACACAGUAGCAAGUGUUUCUUUUAAACUGUCAGUGAGAUCAUGCUUCUCCCCUUCUCAGAACCUUCUGGUGGCUCCCCAUUACACACCCACAUAUAAAAGUAAGAUUCCUUCCUGAUGUUGUCACCUACCACCUUCUCCCUCCGGCUGCUUUUCUUUGCUAUCCACCAGAUAUACUCCGUGUGUUCCUCUUCCAGAGCACUCAAAGAACAGCAUGUCUGAGAUGCUUUCACCUUUUACCCUGGCAUAUUUUUUUCCUUAUGUCCAUAUAACUCAGAAGUCAUCCCUGUGAAGUGCUCUCUAGCCCCCUACUCCGUAACCCACUUUUUCUAAAGCUUUAUUUUUCACCAUAGUACUUCUUAUCUAAAAGGCAUUUCAUGCUUUCAUAGUUCAGAUAUUUUUUAUCCAGGCUCAGGUUAUCAACAUAAAACAUGUUAUACUUUAACAUACAUUUUGGGUUUUUUUGAGGUUCAUCUUCUUCCCCUCCCCACCAGAAUGUAAGUUCUCUGACCAGGGAUUUGUGUGUGUGUGUGUGUUGUUCAUUGCUGUGAUUGAGUGCCCAGAAUGGUACCAGACAGUAGGAGCUCAGUAAAUCCUUGUGUCUUAAUGAACGUGUUAUCUCGCAGCUUUCCCAGGGUUUCUGGCUUUUCUGCUCUGCCUCACAGACGGUAUUUGUCCAUAUAGAUUGUUUUCCAGAGGUUGUUGAAAUCUCAUCUGCUGUGAUCCCCUUCCUAACCCAUGUCUUUAAAUGUGUGAUAUAAUUUGUGAUUAUAUAAAUUUUUUGUGUACUGAAAUCAUUUUUUACUGUGUACAUUCUGUAAGUAUUUGAUUUACAUCUAUCCCCACUGUUAUUGAUUGGUAAGUAUGUUAGAACAUGUUAAAAUAGGACCCUAAGGAGGAUAGGGAUAUAAGUAUUUCUAAUGCAGUAAAAUUGCUGGUUAUUUCUCCCUCUACCUCAGUGGGUAAUCUUAGAAACUCAGUUUGGAGGCCACUGUUGUAUGUUGUUAGGAUUUUGUCCUUCUUAAGUUCUUUACUUCAUUUUUAUGGACUCUCCAGAAGGAGAGGCUAUGAAUGCAUAUGCCCAGUGUAUCAUGUUGGACUAAAAGCAUUUUGAAGGAGUCUUAGCAAAGAGAGGAGUGUUUGUAUUCAGACAAAAAGAAAAUCUCCCUUUAGUUCUGCCGUUGCCUUCCUCAGAGGUAAGCACUGCACGUAAAACAGUUUGUAGUCGUCUUGGCAUUUUUUUCAUAUGUAUGUACGUGUAUGUCUUUUCUGUGAAAAUAGAAUUACAUGCAUAUUUAUAUGCACACCAUAUAUGUACGUAUAAAAUACAUCACAUGAGUUUCUCAGUGACAUGUUUUGUUCUACUUCGUAUGCCUGGAGAAAAGCAUAAUGACAUGGUGAUUAGGAGUAUGGACUGAGGGAGUCAGACUGCUUAGGUGUUAAUCCAGAUACUGCUGCUUACUCCGUGACCUUAUUAACCUUUCUGUACUCCACUUUCCUUAGAAUGUGUAAAUGCCCUCUGCUGGUAGAUAUUUACAUUGGAAUCUUUGGAAGGAUCUUUUCUUACUUUGCAUUCUAAAUUGGGCUGGGAACAAUAGUUGAUAAUAGGAAGCCUCAAAUGAGCUCUUUUUAGACAUUUUGUUACUCCUCUGUUAGAGCCCUUUCCUGCUUCUCUCUUUGAAGUGAAAUUUGCUGCCCUCUAGUGAGCCAACUGGUUUUCUUAGCGUUUGGCUAAGGAUGUGCUGUUCUUCCUAAUGUUUAUACUACAGAGACCUGUCAGCUAGGGCUCUUAAUUCUGUUAUGAGUCCAAAGCAUUGUAAAUUGUGAAAAUUACUUUCUACCUAAAGAUUUUAAGGAAUUAGAUUAAAUUUACAGAUACAGUUGAUUAAUGAAUAAAGAUUCUUUUAUAAAUUUCAGUACUUUUUCUUUUUUCAGUUAUUGUGAGCACCAUCUCUUUAACUGGGAAACCAAAGGUUACAACUCAUCAUAAGAAUUCUUUCUUUUGUAGAGGCUAUGGGGAGCCAUGUCCACCAUCUUGCAUCUUUGUACAACUUACUUGUUGCUUGGCUAGUAACCAAAGUAAAAAUGAAAACUAAAGCCACAGAAAGACGUUUCAUGUUCUUGAAUUAGAAGAUUUUAAUAUCGUUAAGAUGGUGAUCCUCCCCCAAAUUGAUAUAUGAAUUCAACUCCAUUUAUGUUACAAUUCCUGCUGGCUUUUUUGAAGAAAUUGGCAACUGGUCCUAAAAUUCAUAUGGAAACCAAAAGGACCUAGAAUAGCCAAAACUACUAAAAAAUAAGAAAGUUGGAGGACUUAACAUUUUCCAGUUGGAGAACCUAUGACAGCAAUUGACUAGCACUAGCCUAAGGAUAUACAUACAAAUUAGUAGAAUCAAAUUGAGAGUCUGGAAAUAAACUGGUACAUUUCUGGUAAGUUGAUUUUCAACAAGAAUGCCAAGAGAGUUCAGUGGGGAAUAAAUACACUCAUUUCAACAAAUGGUUCUGGACAACUGGAUACCCACAGGCAAAGAAUGAAGUUGGACUCUUACCUUAUGUAAAUUAACUAAAAAAUGGAUCCAAGACCUACAUGUAAGAGCUAGAAUCAUAAAACUCUUAGGAAAAAAGUACAUGUAAAUCUAAAUGAGCUUGGAUUAGGCAGUCGUUUCUCAGAUGUGACACUCAAAAGCACAAGCAACCAAAGAAAAAAAUUGAUAAAUUGGACUUAAUCUAAAUUAAAAACUUUGGUGUUUCAAAGGAUGCUAUCAAAAUGAAAAGAUAACCCACACAGUGGGAGAAGAAUCACUCAUCUAAUAAUAGUCUAUUAUCAAACCAAGGCCAAGUCUUCAUUUCUCUUAUCUAUAAAUUCCUACCAUACCAUAUUCAUGCAGCUGAAUUGCAGUAUUACCGUAUAUAUUUUAAGAGGUCUGUGAUUUUGUGGGUCUAAUACCCUACCAACCCUCUCCCUAUAAAGGAUAUGCUAAAAACUGUGCUGUACUAUUUCAAGGGUAAAUGAAACUCAAGAUACUAAAUAAAACAACUUAAAAAUAAUUUCAAUCCUGAAAAUUAUAGUUUAAUAAAGGGACAGAAAUAUGUUAAAUUCACAUCAUAUCCAGGUAUAAAGUACUUAAUAUUAUAAUUUUGACUUCAGAUCUUCAGUGCUCCUUGUCAGAUGAGGUAAAUAAUAGAAAAUUCUUUGUGUGUCACAUGUCUGCUUUCAGCCAAUCAGAAGCCAGAAUUAUUUUGUAGGCAAUAAUAGGGUUUAUUGUUUGGAGAGGAGCUUUAAAUAGGGCUUACAAGAUAUACGUGGCUUCAUAUUAAUUAAGGCUUCUUAGUUGUAGCAAAGAGAACAUUGGUCUGGUUUGUUUAGCAUUUUCAAGUUUACUUUUGAGUUCUGACUCCAGAAAUGUACAAUCCUAUCUUUUUAGUUGUAGGUUUUAAGAUGUUGUUCACUCUUAAUACUUUUUAAUAACAGCCUUAAUCACUUUUUAUUUUUAUGAAACAAUAUAAUGGGCUGUGAAGGAAAAAUUGCCAAAUAUUAAGAGGGAGAGAGAAUUUUAUGAAAAUGUCUUCAAGGUUUCCAUCACCAUCUUUACCGAUUUUCUUCUCACCUGGGCCAAUUGACUUAGGUUCUGUAACAAGUUCCUCUUGUUCACUGAAUGAGCUAGACAGUAUUUCCCAUCUUUUAAGGAAAAUAUCAACUGAUAUCAGUGAAAUUAAAGGAAUGAAAGCAGCAGUUUUGACAGUGGAAGCAAAUCUUUCUGAUUUAAAUGUUAGAGUGUCACAGAAUGAAGCAAAAAUCUCAUCUUUGGAGGUUAAAAUGAAUGAAUGCUCAACAUCAACAUCUGAAUGCAAUAAACAGUUUGAAGAUCUUCAAGAGGAAGUAGAUUUUGAAUCACAGUCAAGGACUACUGAUGUAAAAAUAAUUGGUUUCCUUAGAAACAUUGAAAAAGGAGCUCCACAGAGGCAGUUGUUAUCCCGACUACAAAUCGACCCAGUAAUGGCAGAAACUCUGCAGAUCAGUCAAGCUGAGAUGAGUGAACUGAGUGUGGCCCAGAAACCAGAAAAACUUCUGGAGCGUUGCAAGUACUGGCCUGCCUGUAAAAAUGGGGAUGAGUGUGCUUACCAUCAUCCUGUUUCACCUUGCAAAGCCUUCCCCAAUUGUAAAUUUGCUGAGAAGUGUUUGUUUGUUCAUCCAAAUUGUAAAUAUGAUGCAAAAUGUACUAAACCAGAUUGUCCCUUCACUCAUAUGAGUAGAAGAAUUCCAGUACUGCCUCUAAAACCAGUUACAACACCAGCACCACCUUCUAGUAGUCAGCUGUGUCGUUAUUUCCCUGCUUGUAAGAAAAUGGAAUGUCCCUUCUAUCAUCCAAAACACUGCAGAUUUAACACUCAGUGUACCAGACCUGACUGCACAUUUUAUCAUCCCACCAUCACUGUACCGCCACGACAUGCCUUGAAAUGGAUUCGACCUCAAACCAGUGAAUGACAGUGCUACUUGGGAGAAGAUUGUGGAGUUUGAAAGUUUCCAUCUACUGAUGAAAGAUACUCUGCAGAACUUGUCAAACCUUUGAAACUUGGAAUAUAUAUUGCUUUCAUAAUAUGAAGUUUAUUGCCUAUCUGAAGUGUCUAAUUUUUCUAGUUUGUAAGUUUAUUAAGUGGUUUUAACAUUGGGUGUUUUUUGUUUGUUUUGACUGUGAAAAGACAGUUUAAAGGAAAAGCUAAAUUCCAUUAAAACCUUUGAGGCUUGUUUGUACACUGCAA